AAGAACUCAUAAAUACUCACGCAUCAAAUCCAAAUUUCCCUCUUCUAGAAAACCAUAUCCUCAUAACCCAAAAGAUCAUUUUAUCAAUUUACCUCUUUUUUUGUUUAUUUGUUUAUUUCAAUGCACCAAACGUAACAAAUCCUUCACCUCUCCCACCCUUUUUUUCUCACUCCUUUAUUCUCCAAAUCCAUUAAUCUCAUUCUCACACAAGCAAGCAAACACAACACCAUGUUAAUCAAAGGACAUCAAAUUAAGGUACCAAUGUUCCUGAAUUUGAUCCUUAUGCUUAUUUACAUGAUAACCGCUUCAGAAGUCAACGCCGAUGAAUCAAGAAAACUUGAUGAGACAACAGUGACUGCAAUUACAAACGGUACCGAUAUAAAGUGCACGCCAUGUGGCAACUACUCUCCGCCUCCACCUCCGGCAAAUCCGCCACCGUCACCACCACCGCCAUCUCCAAAGAAACCGCCAUCACAAAACUGUCCUCCACCGCCGUCAACACCCUACAUAUACAUAACUGGACCGCCGGGGAACUUGUAUCCCAUUGAUGAAGAUUACAGCGAAGCGAGCCACCGCCACCACCGGAGCUUCGCCGCCUUAUUGUUGCCACUUGCGGUUGCGCUUUUGAGCAUGAUUGCUUUUUAGUGAUUAGCUUGGGAAGAAAGGAUCAAUCAUUCCAAAGACAGUGGAAGGAUUUUACGGUUUUAAUUUGUUAUAAUUAUUAAGAGUAUCGAAAUUUUACAUAAGGUAAUAGGAGAAUUCUGUAUUCACUAUAAUUCACACGCAUGCUCUGUUUUUGUUACAUAUAUGUACUUAAUCACAAUUUGUUCCAUAAUAACAAUCUUUAAUUAAAUUGUUCUACAA